UUUGAUUUUUCCAUUGCGAUUUUCACUUCCCACAUCGCUGCUUUCGUAUUUUAAAUUAAGUUAACUUACAAAACCUAUUAGUUUAUGAGCAUGAUCGAAUAUCAGGUUAGUUGCCUUGGCCUUUGUAGGAUUUUAAAAUGAGAUGGACGGUUCACAUAGAAGGAGGGCCGAGACGUGUUAACCAUGCUGCGGUUUGCAUUGGAGACAAAAUUUAUUCUUUCGGUGGAUACUGCUCAACCGAAGAAUACAAAGACUGGGAGCCAAUUCCGGUUCAUGUAUUAAAUACUUCGACCCUCAGAUGGGCGCCAAUAUAUUACCGUACCAAUAAUGACGUCCCAUUUCAAAGAUAUGGCCACACAGCAGUCGCUUACGGCGACAAAGUAUAUAUGUGGGGAGGUAGGAACAAUGCUGUAGCGUGUGAAACUCUUUCAUGCUUUGAUACCAAAAAAUUGGUAUGGAGUAGUCCACAAGUCUCUGGUUUGGUCCCUAAUGCUAAAGACGGGCAUUCGGCAUGCAUCAUUGGAAAUAAAAUGUAUAUUUUUGGUGGAUUUGAAUAUCUGACUGACCAAUAUUCUCAGGAAGUUCACUGUUUGGACUUGGAUACGAUGAAAUGGAGUUAUAUUAAUCCUCAUGGUACACCUCCUUCACACAGAGAUUUUCACACAGCCGUAGCUUACAAGGAUAGAAUGUAUAUAUUCGGUGGACGGGGAGAUUUGAACAUGCCAUAUUAUACAGAAGAAGAAUUGUAUUGCCCUCAAGUAUAUUAUCUUGAUAUUAAAACAGAGAGAUGGACUAAUGUUCAUGCUAAAGGUUGUUGGCCUGAAGGAAGGCGAAGUCAUUCUGCAUGGCUGUACAAUGGGUACAUGUAUAUUUUUGGUGGUUUAAAUGCAAAAACAAAGACUCAUUUUAAUGACCUGUACAGAUAUUCAAUUGAAGGUAAUUACUGGGAGCGCUUAUGGGUACAUGGAAAUCAGCCGUGGAGAAGGAGAAGGCAGGCUUGCCUCCUGUACAAAGAUAAAGUUUACAUGUUUGGAGGGACUAGUCCAAUAAUAAGCGCAAAUCAACAACCAGAGGAAUAUACUGAGGACAGCCCAGAGAGGUUGGUAGACAACAGUGAUCUCCAUGUUUUAGAUUAUUCGCCAUCUCUUAGGACUUUGAGCAUCCUUUGUGUUCUUGAAUACAAGCUGGAUCAGUCAGUGUUACCUCAAGAAAUAAUAGAAGACAUAAAAUCAAUGACGUUGCCGAAUUGGAUAAGCAGACCCAUCAAUCAAGCUGGAUGAUUAUUUUUAUUAUUAUUUAUUAAUAUUUAUUUAUUAAAUAAAGUACAUGUUAAACAUAAACAACAGUUGUAUGCAAACCAUGGUGCUUAUUUUUAUCAAUGAAAAAAAUAUUUUGUUGUAAUAAAAUUCUACAAAAAAUAAAGUUUCAUUAGUAA